AUGAAAUGUCUUUCGCCAAGACCACAAUAUCAAAUCCAAACCGAAACCCAAACCGAAACCCAAACCGAAACCCAGACCCAAACAUCCCUAAUCAAUGAUGCUCAGAGCCAAACCAAAGGACGAUCAAUCAUUGAGAAUCGCGAUUCCAUUCCCAAUCAGACUUAUUGUGUAGUGAUAGGAGAUGGAUUGAUGACUGUGAACUGUACCGAAGCAUUGCCAUGGACGAUGAAACGAACAGAUGAAGGUCCCAUAGCUUUAUCUUCAAAUACAUCAUUGGUUUUACAGAACAAGUUUCCAGAAACCGAUCCUAAUAAUCCUGCUGAAGAAGAAAAAGGUAUCGUCACUAUUCGACCAUACUCAAAUGGGACGAAAGAGCAAGAAUGGACAUGGUUUGAAGAUGGUACGAUACAUUGGACGGCAUUGACAAAUUGGGAAGUAUGUUUAAGUGAAUACAAACUGAAUGGAUCAGUCAUUACUUAUCCAUGCGAUACUUCCAACCCUGACAUUUCAGAUAUACGACAAUGGCAGCUAUACAACAAAACUUCUGAAACGUAUUCCGACGAUUUCAGAGUAUAG